AUGAAAAAGCUCCACUCCCCCACAAACUCCAUUUCCUCUCCUCCCCCGGCCUCCGACCAGCCGCCGAUCCCGAUCAGCAUCACUAUCUGCGGCGACGGCGGUUGCGGCAAGUCCUCCAUCACCCUGCGUCUGGUCCGCUCGCAAUGGACGUCCGAGUACGACCCGACCAUCGAAGACUCCUACUCAACAACCCGCCGCAUCGACGGCGUGGUAUACCACCUUUCCAUCACCGACACCGCCGGCCAGGAAGAGUACCGCGGGAUGUGGGCGUCCUCCUCCAACCUCUCGGCCGACGCGUUCCUGCUCGUCUACGACAUCACCUCCCGCGCGUCGCUCGACGCCCUCGAGUACUUCAACGAGCUGAUCGACAUGGAGGCCGAGACGCGAGCGGACAACGCUGCGCGCGCAAGGAAGGCCGGCAUCUUCCCCACCGUGCCGAGCUAUCCCGACGCCAGUUCGCCCCAGUCCGGGGGUAAGACCGUGCCGCCCGUGAAGAUGGUGGCCGGAAACAAGUGUGACCUGUCUGCGCAACGCGAGGUCCCCGCUGCCGUGGGACUGGAAUGGGCGCGCCGCAGGGGCUGUGGGUUCAUGGAGACUAGCGCCAAGCUCGAGGUUAACAUCGAAGAGACCUUUGCGCUGCUUGUUCGUAGGGUUGAGGAAGCGAGGAGAAUUGCUGCUGCCGAGGCUGCGGCCACUGCUGCUGGCGUGAAGGGCGGGCUGGCGACUCAUGGUGUCACUAAGCCGCUUACUCCGCUGCCUCCUCCGGGCGAUGAUGAGCGGGAGGAUAACAAUGAGAAGAAGAGAAAGCCCCGCAAGGGAGGCCUUUUGCGUUGGCUGCGCUGCUGGUAA